AUGUCGGGUCCUCGAUACUUUAACCACCGCGACGCGACGCCGCCUUCGUGUCGUGGACAGCGCAAUAGUCAACAGAAAUGUUACCACCAUGAUCCUCCAAGUUCUACGCUAUUACUCCGCGGUCUUCCACGUUCAGUCACUGAUGAAAUGAUCCUUCAAGUCCUGCAACCACUACAACCAGUCCAUGUGAAAAUCAUUUACAAUAAGAUUACUGGAGAACCUCGUGGGUUUGCAUUUGUGAAUUUUGAUUCGAUUGAGACAGCAAUGGAAGCAAUGCAGACAUUUGAGAUAAAACCUUUUGUGCUGGACCAUUGUCAAGUAAAUGUUAGCUAUACGGAUGAAUGUUGUCGUGAUUGUACGGACUUUGGUCGAUCAAGAAGCUCAAUGGGAGGUGUUCGGCACAAUGAGAUGCAUCGUGAAAAUCAACAGCAAGGGGAACGUAGGCAAGCACGCUCCGACUGGAUUUGUGAUGAGUGCAAUGUGACGAAUUUUGCUCGUCGAAAACAUUGCUUUCAGUGCAACGUACCUAAGACGAGUCAAACGAAAGAGGUUUCAGGAACAAAAACAUACCGGGCUGGGAAUUUGCGUAAUCGUAACGACUCUCAUUACGAUGCAGAGGCGGGAAGUAGUGGCUCAUCUUUUGCUUCAUCGUCAUCGUAUGGUGCUUUGCCAAGAGACGUCAAAAGAGCAUCACGAAGAUGUGGCGCAGGCGUAGACUCUACCCGCAGCGUUCCACCAUCACAAGUACUCGUAGUGCGCAUGCUCCCACCCGAUAUUGAGGAAGGCGAACUUCACGUGGCAUUCGCAGAGUUUGAUGGUGUACAGGAUAUUCGACUUAUCCGAGACCGCGCGACCAAUUUGUCGCGUGGGUUUGGCUUUAUCGAGUUCUGCGACAUUGAAGCAGCAACGAAAGCCCUGCAUAAAAGUGAAGGCUUGCGUGUGCACAAUACUCGCGUGGAGCUGUCAUAUGCGCGCGACACACUUUCCACGAGGUCGCGUCACUCGAUGGAUGCGCUUCAACGAUCGCGUACUAGUGGCUCAAUAGCAGUCACAGCAUUGGAGCAAGCUCAGUGGCUGCUGUCACAGCGACGCGAGGCUGAUACGGCGCAAAAUGAUCAGCAGACCAGUGUUGCGGCAGACAUAAACGCUUUUUUGGAUAGUGCUGCGGCUCAAGUAGCUCCUCGCUUUGAAGAACCAAAGAAAAGGUGGCCUGCACCAUUUGAGACAGCAGGCGGCAGCUAUGUGUAUGUAAGCGAAAAAGGCCUAUAUUGGGAUUCAGACAGCAUGUUUUACUACGAUGCGCCGACCAAGGUGUAUCAAAACUCGUUUACAGGCGUGUAUUACCGGUGCGUAAACCCUGCAAGUAGUGGCGCGGCAGCAUUUGAGAUGUUUGUGCCGCCCCUGCCUGUUGAUGAUGAAGCGUACGAAGGUUCUAGUGCUCCAAAGGUUGAUGUAGUGGGCAAGCCAGCAUUGAGUCUGUCGCUGAAAAAGGAAAAGAAGAAAGCUCCAGGUAUUUCGUUUGGUAUAAAGACUACUGCUUUUGCGCCGGCAUCGUCAGUUUUUGCGAAAUCUAGUCCGAGCGGAACCGUUGCAACCGCGCCUUCAGUCAAUGCUAUCAAUGUGGCUAGCAUCGGCAUGAAGCGCAAGAGUGCAGAUGAUAUUGCAAAGUGGUCGCAACGACAGCGUGAAACGAACGAACAACAGAGUGAAGAGCCUAGCACAGCACCAGUCCAACAGCAUCAUGUAGACAGUGCUGCACCAGCGGCAUUAACUCUUGACAGAGGCGAGGCAGCAACGCCUAGUGCGCCAAAGCAAAUGGCGAUGACAACUGCUUCGUCAAAUGGUGCGGAUCCCGUUAUUGAGGCAUUGACUACUGUCCCUGUAGAAGCACCCAUUUGUCUGCUGUGCCGGCGGAAGUUUGGAUCUCUAGACGCUCUUCGCAAACACGAAACGUUGUCAAAGUUGCAUCUGGCCAACUUGGCGAAAGCUAAAGAGGACAAGGAACACAUUGCUGCUCAAUAUCGUGAGCAUGAGAAGGAGAUGGAGCGAGAUGCCAAGAAGCAGCGGCAAGAUGAUUGUUCGCCAUCUACUCUACCGCUUCGAAACAACUAUUGGAAUCCUCCUACUCCGACGAAACCCAAUCCUGAACCUACAGGUUGCUCUCUCGAGUCUGGCAUUGGUGGUAAAAUGCUCAAGAUGAUGGGGUGGAAGAGCGGCGAGGGUCUCGGUAAACACGGCACGGGCAUUACGGCCCCGAUCAAUGCAGCUAGUGUUCGGUGCGACUUGGCAGGUCUCGGUUGUAAGGCACCACUUUCGGCCACCGUAGACCUUUCAGAUGUCACGUCUGAUCGAGAACGUCGGCAGAGACUAGCUCGUGCUCGGUACGAUGCAGAUAAUGCGUAG